UGCCCCUGUCAAUCAUCGUUUAAAACCCAACCUGUUGCAUCGAAUACUCGAAGCUUCCCCUACUAGCGUGCACCGGUGGUGCAUCGGAACGCGAAAAACCGUCACACAGUGGUGGAAUUCGUUGCCAGGCAAUCCUGCUACUCAGGCACUGGCGUUGUUUAUUUGAAUGGCCUGAUUUCCGUUUUUUUCCGUCGGGAGCAUAAUCGAUUUGGGUUCAGUGAGAAAAUUGCAGUCUGUGAAAACGAAUCGCAAGUUUUGUGUCGGUUAAAUUUUGAGUUUGUUCGACGAUGGACAACGAAAAAGACUCCCGUGGGAAAGCGAUCUCGAUCGUGCCUAAGAAUGUCUUUGGGCUGCGUACUGACAUUUUUGGAAAUGUGCAUUUCACUGCAAAGCAGGAAAUUAUCUAUCCUGUUGCUGGAGUGCUCGCAAUUCAUGACUUUACCACAAAUAAGCAGAAGUUUUUGAGGUUUCCGGAAAACUAUCACCCCGAGCGACUUGUUAUAAGUCCAGAUAGAAAAUUUAUAGCUGUGUCCGAAAAAAGUGCCGACAACAAAUCUUUGAUUAAUAUCUACGAGAUAACCACGUUGAAAAAACGUAAAACCCUUCAACUGCCACCUGACUGCCCAAACACUCAAAUCGGAAACAUAUGUUUCACGCACGAUUCGCGCGGAAUCGCUGUAUUGUCCGUCGAGCCAGACACUUUUUUGUCGAUCUUUUCGUUCGACAAAAACGAAUCGCUGAUUAUAGGUCGAGCGUCGAACUCCAGUCAACAGGGUCAGGCCAACUACCUGUCAUGCAAUCCAAGCGACGCCACCAUUGUCGCCGUCGGUGGUUUCUAUAUGCUGAAGAUCAUGAACAAAACGGACAAAGGAUUCGGUCAAAUAGGAACCAUAAAAGGGGACCAGCUGUUGGUGACUUCGAUUGCAUGGCUUACAUCAGACGCGCUGGCAGCAGGAACGGCCGAAACUGAACUGAUCAUUGUAGAAUCUGGAGAACUUAAGUUAAGGGUACGAGCCGAUGAGGUGCAAAGUAUCGAUCUCGCAACGGAUGUAGAAGGAGAUCUUUCGCCGCCUCCGGAUGACGGCACCGGGCCCCGAAAAGACAACCGUGAUGUUUUGUGCCUAACGCAGUUCGAACAAGGCUUUCUCUAUUCGAUUCAUAAUGAAGUUCAUGUCUUCGAGAAAUCAUCAGCAUAUUCAUUCAUCAAGAAAUCAAUUAUACGAAUACCGAUCACUCUGUACGAUAAGGAGUCUUAUAAAAUUCUGAACGUUGCGGUAAAUGCCGAGCAAGAUACAAUUGUUGUAGCUACGAAACAUUCACAGAUAUACAUCGGUAUGCUGUUUGUACCGGAGACCUUGAAGGUUAGCGAACUAGUAUUCCGUCAUUUGGGAGAACCAUUGCAUGUUAGCGGUAUCGUGGGGUUAUCUGUUUGCUCCUGGAAGCCGAUCAUUAUGACCGCUGCAAAAGACCUCACGGUACGCCUUUGGAAUUAUCAGAGUAUGAAAAUAGAACUGGUGAAAAAAUACCUAAUCGAAAUCAAGGUGAUAGGCCUGCAUCCUUCCGGUUUCUUCGCUGCGGUUGGGUUUAUAGAUUUGCUCCGGCUGGUGCAAAUUCAGUUGGACGAUCUGAAGGUAACAAAGGCCUUCAAUUUCCCAAACUGCACGCAGCUCAAGUUCUCCAAUCAAGGCCAUCUGUUGGCGGCUGCCCACGGAAAACUAAUCAGCUUGAUAAGCAUCUUCACUUUCGAAGUCAUCCAGACUCUUAAAGGACACAACGGGAAGAUUAUGAGCCUAUCGUGGAGUUCUGAUGAUGCAAUUCUGGCGUCCGGAGGGGACGACGGAGCAAUCUAUAAGUGGAAUGUAGUUACUGGAGAACGAAUGGAAGAGAUCGUUCAGAAAGGGAUUCACUAUAGAGCGCUAGCACUUACCAGUGAUGCGAAUUCCGUUUACGCCAUCACCAAUACAGGCCUUAUACGAGAAAUGUGUAAAUCGGAUAUCAACCGAGAAUUUAAGAUCCCUGAGCUGACCCCACUAACCGACAUUGCUAUGUCACGUUCAGAUGCACUGAUGUUUGUGGCAACGGAAAAGGGUCACCUAUACAACGUGGAUGGAAGUGGAAAUUGUACCAAUUUUCGAUUUUUCAAUACCAGCAUCACAAAGAUGUGCCUGACGUACAACGACAGCACGCUGGUUACUGCAGCAGCCGAUGGAACACUGAUAAUUUGGACGAUCCUCAACUGCGAAGGUAAAACGGCACCACAUGCGCCGGAAUUGGGCCUUUACUCGGAUAUUCUGAUUGCAAGGCAAGAUUUAGUGGACAAAAAUGACGCGAUCACAACGCUCGAGAUGCGUAUCCAGCAACAGAUCAUGGAGUUCCAGUACAAAAUGAAGCAAGGAGAUGCUUUUCAUUCGGAGCAGAUGCGAGACAUACACCGAGACUACUGCUCCGCUAUAGAAGAGUUAAAGAAAAAGAACGAAGAGAUGGAAAUGGCCCACGUGGAAGAAUGUAAUCUGAUGACAGCUGGUAUCGCCGAAGCUAAGGAAGAACACCAGAAAGAGAUGAUGGAUUUCGAGGCUCAGUUUCACGAGAAAAUUAUAACGGAAUAUGAGAAAUUAACCAAUCUGAAACAACGUAUGGAUCAGAUGCGAGAAGAAUAUGAAAUCAAAUUGAGAAGGUCGGCCGGUUGUCUGCAAGACACAAUCGAAACCCUGGAAGCAGAACAGAAGAAGCAAUUGAGCAAUAAACAGGAAAUUAUCGACGGACUACUGAAAGAAAUGGACCGCCGCCGGAUGGAAUUCGAUGAAUACUGCAAGCAGGUGGAUGUGGACAACGAUCGAAACAAGGUGGAACUUCAGUUAAACUACGAAAAAAAGUUGCUUGAAGAGGAGGAAAACUGCAUGAAAUGGAGAGGCGAAGCUGGCGUGUUGAAGAAGAAGUUUUCAACACUUAGUCGGGAAGCUGAAAAUUAUCGCAAAGAAAUUGAAACAUUGCAAUAUCAGCACGGUAGGUUCCAGCAAGCUAUUAAACAACACCAACGGGAUAUCGAAGAUCUGAAAGGAGAACUAGGGGAAAGGGAAGCGAUCAUAAAGGAUAGAGAGAGAAAGUUACACGAUAUGAACAAAAAGAACGGCGAGUUGGAGAAAUACAAACAGGUGCAAACGCAUAAAAUAAACGAGUUAAAAAAUCAAAUUGAACCUAAAGAUAGAGAGAUUAAAGAGAAAAAGGAAGUUAUCAGCGAAAUGGAAGACAAACUAGAGGAACUACAGCAGAGUAAUAAACAGUUAGCCCUACAGCUGCAGGAACUUACCGAUAAGUAUUACGGAGCCGAUUUAGAACUGAAAAAAGAGCGGAAUCGUUUCCGGAGUGCCAAGAACCAGUACCAACAAGUGUGCAGGGAAAUCUAUAACGUCGCAGGAUUGAUUCAGAAACCAGACGAACUGAAGAGGGGCAUUAAAGAUCUCUGCCAUCGGUACUCAGAAGAUAGGGAGCUGCAAAAAUCACUUGCAAGAGAUGAAGAUGUCCAGAACGAGUUUCUUAGACAGAGGGAACAUCUUGAAAAACUAACAAAAGGAGGAAAACACAAGAAUCGCGAGAAAAAAGACACUGGUGAAGUUAUGAGGCUAAUAAAAGAAAACAUGGAGCUACUCGGUGAAUUGAAUAAACUACGCGAGCUGUUGAACGAAAAGCAGCGAACUUGCACAAGAAUGGAAGCACUUCUCGGACUAUCCAGUAAAGCUAUAUCCCCAAGAGCGGCGAAGUUAAAACUGGAGAAAGCUGUUGCCGACAAAGACGAAUUAGAGAACCGACAUAAAGAACAAACUAGCAAAUUGCAGGAUAUCAUUAAGACUCUUUCCAACGAGAAUCAGAACCUUCGAUCUGAAAUCGUGGCAUUGAACAAGAAAAACAUCAACAAAUAAAUCACCAUUUGUCAAGUUUUCGUCAAAAUACACCGCAUAACCAAUAUAGUUAAAACUUAAAAAAAUAAUUUUUUCUGUUAAAAUAUUUUUUUCUCAAUUUUCUAGCAUUGACUGAGUCUGAAAUGCUAUUAAAUAUUGUUCAAUAUAUUUCAGCAAUAUAAAUACGUAAUUGUGUAAUAAAAUAUAAUCG